AUGACAAAAUUCAGGGGCUGCAUUGAUAUCCAUUCCGGACAAGUUAAGCAGAUUGUUGGUGGAACAUUAACUCAAGAUGACUCUGCAACUUCUGAAUCCUCAUCUACUAAAGAAAACUUUGUCUCCACAAAACCCUCCUCACAUUACGCACAAUUAUAUAGAGAUUAUAAUGUGAAAGGAUGUCAUGUCAUUAAAUUGGGAUCUAAUCCAGCCAAUGAUGAUGCUGCAAAAUUGGCUCUUAGUACUUGGCCACACAAUUUACAAGUUGGAGGUGGAAUAAAUCUCGACAAUGCACAGUAUUGGUUGAAUCAAGGAGCAUCACACGUAAUUUUGACUAGUUGGUUGUUUACCAAGAAUAAGCAGGAUAAAAUGGAACUCGAUUUUGAUAAAUUACAAUCGAUAAGUAAUUUAAUUGGCAAAGAAAAACUAAUUGUUGAUUUAAGUUGCCGAACAGUAAUUGAAAAUGAUAAAGCAAAUUGGUAUGUUGCAAUGAAUAAAUGGCAAACAAUAACAGACACUGCUCUUUCAGCUGAGUUUUUAUUACAAGUAAGUGCCUAUUGUGAUGAGCUCUUGAUUCAUGCAGCAGAUGUUGAGGGUCUCUGUAAAGGAAUCGACGAAAAACUUGUGGAGAAAUUGGGCCAAUGGUGUCCUGUAGGCUUUGAAGAAAAAAUCGUGUAUGCUGGGGGUGCCAAACUGAUCAAUGAUUUAGAUACUGUUGCUAAGUUAAGUAAAGGAAAAGUUGAUUUAACGUAUGGAAGCUCAUUAGACAUAUUUGGCGGAAAGUUAGUUAACUUCACUGAUUUGGUGGAGUGGAAUAAAACUAACAGAAACGAAAACUAA